AUGAAUCUUCCUCAGAAUUAAAUAAUAGUAAAAAGCGAAUGGCAAGAAUUAACAGAAGAUGAUAGAACUGAUAUCAAUAAAUUUGAUAAAUAUUUAUCAGAUUUAUUAUCUUAAGAUAAGGUUACUAAUUCAUAAUAUGAGCUGAUCAUAGAAUAUAUUUUAGGUAGGGCUUAUCUUGCAAAAUUUAUAACUGGAAGGCUAAAAAGCCACAGCUCAUCAAAGGCUAAGAAUAAGUAUAGAUUAAUGCAUUUGAUAAAUAGGUUAAUAUUAGAAAAGGAAAGUGAUAAGAAAAGAUGUAUUGUAUAGUAGCUUGAGGAAGCUUUGUGCUAGAUUUUUGUUAAUAUUUUUGAAGAAUAUAAAAAUGAUGCAUCCAAAAUUGAAAAUUUUAAACUAAUGAGGUUAGGCUGGGUUAAAAAAGUAUCAGAUGAGACUAUUUACAAAAUGGGUGAAGAAAUAGGAAAUAACCAUUUUAUUGAUAUUGAUUAAGGAUUAAGCGAAGAAUCAGUUGAAAAAAUAAAAUUAUACUAUUUUAAAAAUAACAUAGAUCCAAAUAUAUAUUUAAAAAAGGCUAUUGAUGAGAUUGAACAAAAGAAAUCUUAGUAGAUCAACUCAUCAGUAUAAACUUAAAAAAAUUCGCAAGAAAAGCUUUUAUAAGAAAAGAAGAAGAAAAAACCUGUUCUUCCUUAGCAAGCAUAAAGUAGCUAACAACCUCAGUAAAAGUAGGAGAGACCUAUUUAACAACAGUAAGUUAGUCAAUUAAGUUAAGAAGAGAAAAAGAAGCUACAGCAACAAAAGAUGAGAAAGAAUUCUAGCAAUCAAAACUCAGAAAUAAACAGCAAUCCUUAGCAAUAAAGCUAAUAGUAGUAAUAAUAAUAACAACAUUAGUAAAUUAAAAGUUAAUAAAAUGAUAUAUUGUAAAAUAACUAAACGAGUUUAAACUCUUUGCUAACUACGCAGAAUGUUUCUUCUUUAAAUAGCUCUUCUUAGCAAAUAAAUAAGAAAGAUGAUAAUGAUGUAGAUAUUUAAAUUAAAAAGAAACCCAAGAAACCUAUUUAACCUAUUUCUGGUCAUAUUCAUUAGUCACCAUCUGUAUAGCAAAAGCCAGCAAACUCGUCAAUCCCGCAUCAUAAACCAUCGGUUGAUACUAUUAAUGGCAAUACACCAUAAAAGAAAGUAAAAACAGUACCGUAGGUGAGUGGAAACUCUAAUUAAAAGAAUGAUUCAAACACUUAUAAUCCAGCUUCAAUUAGACCUCAAAACUAGUAAGCAUAGCAUCUAUAGAAUUAAUAGCAAAUAAACUAACAAGUUAAACCAAAUAGAUUACCAGAGAAUAUCUAAAAAGAAAGAGUAAAAAAGCUGAACGAAGAAAGCAAAAAUUUAAAAACUCCUUAAGGAUUGCUUCUGAUGCCAACGUAAAGCUUAGGUUAUGGUUUAGCAAGUCAACCCGAGCCAUAACCAAUUUAAACUUCUUCACAGCAAUAAAUUUAAUUUAAUUCUAGUCAAGGACAUAUUCAAAUAGGUAGUAAUUAAGAAGGUAUUUAGCCAUAUAUUCCUUAAACUCCUAAUCUUUUAAAUACAAGUCUACCACCUCCUUUACCUCCUCAACCUUAGCAGAAUAUGCCUCAAUCGAUACCAUCUUCAAAUUAACAAUUUUUACCUAAAAGCUAAUAACAAAUCGAAAUUAAGCAACAAUAAACCCUUACUCCAUUGCAAAGCAUUUUGUAGCCAAAUCAUCCUUCACAUUCUUUACAGUCAUCAUAGAAUCAAUUUGGAAGCAACCAAGAUUUCAAUUCAAAUACCUCCUUACAAAAGCAAAUAAAUAAACCACCUUUAUAGAUGUAAAAUAUACUACCAACAUCUACACAUAAUUUUAGUAACAAUAUGCAGUAAUCUUCCAAUUAGGAUCCUUUGCAAAACCAAACAACUGUGAGUUAAAAUAUAAAUGUUUCAUCAAACGCUCAAAGAAAUCAAGAUUUUAAUAUUUAAAACUAAUAAUCGCAAUCAAAUUAGCCAAUGUUUAUGAAUUAAAGACUGGCGGGAAGUGGGCCCUAAGAUAACUAAGGCAUGAAUCUUAAUAUCAGAAAAAAAUAUCCCCCAGGACCUAGCUUGCCAUAUUAAUAGCCCCCUCCUCCUCCACCCACUCCUCUAGGUUAAUUAAUAGACAAUCAAAACAAUUUUUAAAUGAAUAUGGAUAUUGAAAGCUAAAAUAACAACAACAUUCCUAGAAGAUAGAUACCUCCUUUCAACUAAAUUAUUUAACCUUAACAUUAACCACCACCUCCUCUUCCUCAUAUGCAGUAAUAAAACAUUCAAAACAUGAACGGAAACAGAACUCCCCAAGGUAGCAGCUAAAACUUAAAUAGUAGCGGUUAGAUAGAAUAAAAUUCUUAGACCCCUCAUAUAAUACCUCCUUAUUAGCAACCACCCCCUCCCCCAACAUAGAUAGCCCCUAUAAGAUAAAUAAGCUAAAGUGGAUACAACCUAGCUGGAAUACAAUAAGAUAAAACAAGCUUGUUCUAUGAACUGUUUAAUUUCAUAAAACCUACAAUGAGCACAAAAUAUUAUUUCAUUAGCGAAAUAGAGAAAAUGAAAUAAAAUAAAAUAACUUCGAUUCACCCCUAACUCUUUUUAAAUAGAAAUGAAGAAAUUAUAAUGAAUUCAAGGAGCAUUAUUUAUGAUAGUCUACCUUAUUAAUGUGCAAAUUGUGGAAUUAGAUUUUCUGCAAAAGAAGAUCUUAAGAGCCAUCUAGAAGACCAUACAAUAAAAAAUUUAAAAAUUAUUGAAUCAAAAAGAGAAAAAGAAAAAGAAAAGAAGAAUAGAUAAUUAUUCUACGAUGCUAAUUAAUGGAUAGAUUGCCAAGACGAAGAUAUUGAAAAAGAAUAAGAAAGCGAGUCUGAAACGGAAAAAAAUUACUUUGUCCCUCAAAGUAAAUCUAAUGGUAAAUGUGAUUUAUGUCAAGAGCCAUUUAUUUUAACAUGGAGUGAGGAUAAUGAAGAUUGGGUAUACGAAAAUGCCAAAAGAUUUGAAAUAUUUGAAACAUCAACAGGAAAAUGCUAAAUUGCUAUAGUUCAUUUGACAUGCUAUAAAGUAUUAGAGAAGUAGUCCGAAAUAGAAAAUCAAGGAAACGAAGAAUAAUUUGAGUCAACUGAAAAGCUUUUAAGUUGA